AUGGCGCGCCCCGUGCAGCUUGCCCCGGGCUCGCUGGCGCUGGUGCUGUGCCGGCAGGAGCGGGACCGGGGCGCUGCCGGGGCAGAAGAUGGGGAGCCCGGAGGCCGUGCGCUCUUCCGUGCCUUCCGUCGUGCCAACGCGCGCUGCUUCUGGAACGCGCGCCUGGCCCGCGCGGCCUCCCGGCUGGCCUUCCAGGGCUGGCUGAGGCGCGGGGUGCUACUGGUACACGGGCCGCCCGGCAGCCUGCAGGUGUUGCGGGACGCCUGGCUGCGCCGGGCACUACGCCCGCCCCGGGGCUUCCGCAUCCGAGCCGUGGGAGAUGUUUUUCCAGUACAGAUGAAUCCAAUUACUCAGUCCCAGUUUAUACCUUUGGCGGAGGUCCUUUGCUGUGCUAUAGCGGAUAUGAAUGCGGCUCAUGUUGUGGUGACCCAGGAGUCCCUGAUGGAUCAGUUGGUGAAACACUACCCAGGCAUAGCCACUCCUUCACAAGAUAUCCUCUACACCACCUUGGGCCAUUUAAUUAAAGAAAGGAAGAUUUACCAUACUGGAGAAGGAUACUUCAUUGUGACUCCCCAGACUUAUUUCAUCGCAAACACAGCACCCCCGGAGAAGGAGAGAGCGCCGCUGGAAGACGGUCACCCGCCGCCAACUUCAGUCACUUACCUGGUCAGUAUGGACGGCCAGGCAGAAUUAACCAAAGAAAGUAUCACUAGCCCCUCCCAUUGCAAAUCCUGCCGCUGCUUCCCAGACCCGUGUCCGGGAGAGCCUUCAGGGGACAGGGGUAGGAAAGGGCAGAAGAACUUGGGGGAAGCCAAACCAUCAGUGCAGAGCCAGGCCAUCUCAACGUCGGAGGAGAAGCGCCUUUGUGACCGGCCCAAACCCCUGCCGCCCACCAAGGACAAAGAAAAGAGCAAGAAAUUUGGUCUCCGUCUCCUCUGGCGCCAGAUGUCCAGAAAAGAAAGGCCCAAGAAGGACCACAGGACUUUCUCUGCCCAGUUCCCACCUGAAGAGUGGCCUGUCCGAGAUGAGGAAAACCUCGACAAUAUUCCUCGGGACGUCGAGCAUGAAAUUAUCAAGCGCAUCAACCCCGAACUGACUGUCGACAACCUCAUCAGACACACAGUCCUAAUGCAGAAAUGUGAAGAGCGGAAAAAAUACAUGAGCCAGGGCACAUCCACUGACCUGCUGGCAGCCGGCCACAAGCAGCUGCAGCAGCCGCAGCAGCAGCCGGUGAAAGCCGGGGUGAGGAGACGGCAGAGUAGGUCUGGAAGGCACCGGAGGAAAGGACAUUCAAGCCAGAGAGGCUCCCAGGGCAGUGAGCCAAGGUCAGUCAUCACCAGGCCAGAGAAACACUCCAAGCACCUUCCCACGGAGGCUGUGCCCAGAGCCAAGACCCCAGAGGCAGGACCGGCUCAGAAACUUCUGCGGGAGACUCAAUCAGGGGCUGCCAACCCCCAUUUUAUUUACAAAAAAAGAAUCAGCAACCCUUUUCCAGGCUUUCCUCACAGGGGGAAUCUGACAGUCAGAGGCUACAGGGGCCAGAAGAGCAGUGACCUGAAACCCAAGCUGACUGAGAAGCCCAAAAAGUCUUUUCAAAGGUCAAGGUCUUUGGAUUCCUCAAGAAACGUUGGCAGUGAAGUUCAGCAGCCAUGCGCUGAGCAGCCCAAAGACAAGGUGAAGCCAGGAAUGCCUGUCAGCCCUAACGCUGCUUCUGUCCAACCUGUCGGUGACAGCUUCAGAGACCGCCCCUCAAAUUAUUCACAGAAUGGGUUUUUCAGAACAAGGGGUAAGGGCCAUCCCUUCAGAGAAAGCCAGCCUGGGCAAAAUGCCUGCGCUGCCCAAGACAAGACUAUCCGUGAAGUCCAGUGGAAAAUCCACCCCUGUGCUGAUCCACUGGGGGAGACCCAAACUGAAAUGCAUUGUUCUGCGGCCCAGGCCUCUUGUUUAGUAAACCACGAAGUCCCUGGGCGUGAGCUGAUGGAUCAGACCGUUGUGUGUCAGUUCCAGAAUCUUGGCCUUCUGGACCAUCAUCUGAGCAGCGCCCACCAGAUCAGACAGCCCGAGAGGCAAAGCAGAGACGCCCCAAAGGAGCUGACUGUGACACGCUGGGAGACCCUCAGUCACGAGAAUGAAGGAGUUACUGACGAGGAUGACCACCAGGCUUUGUACCAGAAGGAGAUGGAUGGCGACGAGGAUGCCUGCAGCUCUUUGUAUUUGCAGGAGGAGGAGGAAGACAAGGAGGACUUUGCCGAGAAACACAUCCUGUGUCCGGCUCGGCCAGGCUACAUCCCAUAUUCCUUUACAGAGGGAAGCCUGUGGGACAAUUUAGGGAAAACUAACGUGAACGAGGGACCCCUGGGCCACUGGAAGAUAAGUAGUGACCCAACUGAUUACAGCAGCAAAAUACAACAGUUUGAGGCUCAGAUUUCUGAAAGAAAUGACUAUCACAGACCUGCUGGCUUGGAUGGGCGCCAGAAGAUGGAUUUCUCAGGAGAUAACCGUGGCCUCCAUCCACGUGGCUAUCGCUGUGAUGAGGAAGCUGGUGCGGCCCCAAGGGCCCAGGCUUCUUCAGAGCUUGUCGAUGGCAGUAUAUUUGACUAUUACAACGCCAGCGAGGCUGACUCUGAAGCUGAGACACUGCAGAACUCUGCCAGGGAGACGGGGGAGACAGCGGCUUGCUGGGGUCUGGGGCCACAGGGCGAGGAAGUGAGGAAACAUUUCAGGCAGACGCCAGAGCCCUUCAGCGCCUCACGGAUGCCGAGUUUGGCCCAGCGUGUCCAGCAGCAGGAGCAGAAUCACUCGGAAGGAACUGAAAACCACAGUCUGACAGGAGACAGUGGAAUCGAUUCUCCACGGACACAGAGCCUGGCAUCUAAUAAUUCUGUCAUUCUGGAGGGGCUGAAGAGAAGACGGAGUUUCCUGCAGAGCUUUGAAGGCAUAAACAACACGAGGAACGGACAGAUGCUUACAUCAAAUUCCUUACUCCAGCUGACGCCUGUGAUAAACGUUUGAGUCUUCUUUUUCUCUGGGGACUUGAGGCUAAUUUUUUUUUUUUUUUGUAAAAAAUGUACAGCCUUAACUGUAAAUGUUUUAACCCACUGCCUAUAUCAGUCGCCCAUGUUUUACAUACAUACUUUAUAAUUCUUGAAUAUUUGUGCUCUAGUCACGGACUUUGUUCUGUUUCUGAUUUUAAAAAAAACUUUUAAAAACAAUGCAUUUGGGU